UUGGGCGCAAACUCUAUGUGGCUUACUUGGGAAUUGUAGCACCAAAGUAUCCAAGGAAAUUUAACUUGUGCAAUUACAAAACAUGGCCGUCACAAAAGACAAAACUGGUUAGGAGUGUGCAUUGUUUGUUUUUUUUUGUCUCUUUUUUUUAUUUUAUUAUUAUUUUUCAUGAGCGCUGAAAGGACUCCACUAUUAUUUCCUGUAAAUUCACAGACAGGAGGGUCUGUCGUUUCUUAUACAGUCACUCAAAAGAACUGUAAAAACGUUACCUUGAAGGAUCGUUCUGAGGCUCAAUCGACAAAACGGAAAUUAUGGUUUGCUGUGGCCUUGGCUUGUGUAUUCUUUGCUACUGAAUUAGUCGCAGGUUAUUUUGCAAACUCAUUAGCCUUGAUGUCGGAUGCAUUCCAUCUCUUAUCGGACGUAGCUAGUUUCAUAGUUGCCUUGGUUGCUAUUUAUUUAGCCGAAAAACCACCAACGAAAAGACAUACAUUUGGUUUCCAUAGAGCCGAAGUUAUCGCUGCACUCGUAUCAGUCUUGACCAUUUGGGUUCUUACUGCCUUUCUGGUAAAUGAAGCGAUUCAACGUAUCAAAUCACCUCAAGAGAUUAAUGCAAAACUGAUGUGUAUUACUGCUACUAUUGGUGUCUUUGUCAACAUAAUUCUCGCUUACGUCUUAGGUGGACAUCAUGGUCAUUCUCACGGACACUCUCACGACAAUGAUACCCAUAGUCACGAUGAUGAAGAAGAAGCAAACCAUAACGAUAUUUCUGCUCCCCACAGGGAAACCAACAUUAACCUCCGUGCUGCUGCUCUUCAUGUCAUUGGUGACUUAUUAGCCUCAGUUGGUGUUUUAAUCUCAUCCAUCAUUCUUAUCUUUAAGCCUGACUAUACUAUUGUGGAUCCCUUAUGUACCUUCUUAUUCUCUAUCCUUGUCUUGUACACCACUUAUCAUCUCGUCAAAGAUUCACUUGCCGUUCUCAUGGAAGGUGUCCCUGGUAAUAUUCACCCAGAUUUAAUAGAAAAAUCACUAUUAGGAGUCCCUGGCGUGAUUGCAGUUCACGAUUUGCACGUGUGGACAUUAUCACCUGGAAAAUAUUCACUCACAGCACAUAUCAAAGUCGACCAUACAGCUGACAUUAGUUAUGAUGAAGUAUUAUCCAAGGGACAACACAUUGUCUGUGAUGUCUAUGGCGUACACCACUCAACACUUCAAAUAGAAUCUGAUAAGACUGCAUUUACAAGUCAUUGUACUCCUGAAAUAUGUGCUCCUAGAACUCAGUAAAGAAAAGAACUGUAACCCUAUACACACAUACACACAUAUACACAUUAUACUUGUUCCGCAUUUUUUUUU